AUGAGCGCCCUCAGCAUCUUUGGCGCAUCUGCCUGCGGUAACUCGCUUGUCCUAUUGGGCUGUAGCAGCCUCACUGGCAGCCCAGAGCUACUGCCGAUCGGUCAGGUGAUGCCGUCACCGUGGCUGUCGCCAUCGUACAGCGAAAAGGAGCCCAGGAAGACGCUUCUGUGGACGGUGGCUCCCGGUGACAUUGCCUCGGAUCUAAGCUGGAGGGCUAACUGGGCAGCAGGGUUGGGGUCCCUUCUGGAUGCGGCGCCGGUCAUGUGGCCCCACGAGCACAGAGCCGGGCAAUAUGAAACCAAGCCCCCACAACCCGGCCAGUCCCACCAGGCGCAGCCAAAGGCAAAGGCGCAGCCGAUGAAUCCGAGCAAGCUCUGCCAGCAGCAGCACCUGCACAUCCUUCUGGCUCCGCUGGAGCUCGGGAAGCAGCUGGCUUGUACGGCUGCGCACCGUCUUGCUCAUUCGCCAGACAUCUGCGCGCUGGCGUCAGUCCUUUCCAACACCGUCUCAGAGGCGCUCCGAUCUGAGGCCCAUAUAGAGGUUCAAGUCCGUGUGGCCGUGACGACGGCCGGCGGCAGCGGAGGCAGCGGCGGCGGCGGGCCCGCCGUUUCCGACGUCAGCGGCCUCACGGCUGCCACCGCCGCUACCGCCGCCAUGCAAUACGGCUUUAUGCUACAGCUGCGGUCUCCGUCGACCCUAAACCAGGGGCCGACCCCGGCUGCGACAGCAUGGCAGCUGCAAACCGCGGACCUGCACGGCGGGUCAGGUCCGGCGCCGUCGGCAGGAGCCGCCGGGCCGCCGCUGCCGGCGCCACGUAUCCCCAUUUCCGCUAAUGACGGAGGUGGCAGCCGUAGCAGACCUCAACAUCAGCACCAUCACAACCACCACAACCAACAACAGCAGCCUGGGAUCGACGGUCGCGGUGGUGGCAUUGAUGUCCCUUCCAGAAGCGGGUCGUUCCUUUUGGUCACGACAGUGGACGCCAUGAAAAUGGAGUCGACGUUCGCCGGCAACGAGGGGGAUGUGCAAGCGAGUAGCAGGCUGUGCGCGGGGCAAGGGGUUGGCGGCAGCGCCGUCGCCGCCGCCUCCAAUGCCGCCGCCGCCACGGCCAGCCGGCUGCUGGGCGAGUCACAUCGUGACCGGAGGGCUUGGAAGGUCGUACCUUUCCUAAUGUCCUCGUCACUCUUGGGGGAGCUACUGCGGGAGGAUGGCGCUAUGCGAAGCUGCGCAUCUGCGGCGCCCUUCGAAAGCUGUUGCUUAACGGGAGAGUCGUACACCAGAUGCGUCAUGGGAAAGCCGAGUUCAACGUCGCCGUCGAUGGCAGCCAACUCCAAGGUCGCCUACCUGGGACCUCCGGCGGUGCCGGCGGCGGCGGCUGUAGCUGCACCGGAAGCAGGCGUGUCGCCAUCAAUACCGCCGCUGCCGCUGGCUGCGGACAGGCGUGUACGGCUGACGUCAACUAUAUUGCCUGAUCUGCACGGCUAUCUACAAGAUGUGGAUCAGGCAGCCGCGACCGGCGUCGGCGUCGGCGGACUGCGUCGCGGCCUCAGCGGAGAUCUAGGUCCGCUGAGUCCCACGCCUGAAGACGCGUACGGCAAUGUCGAUGACGACGUUUGCGCCGCCGUCGGCGUCGGCUCAGGCGUCGCACGGCCCCGCCUUGCAUUGUUCAUUACGUCGGUGGACCGGCUGCCCAUGUCCCUUCUUAGGGUGGCUCGCGACACGGCACAAAAACUGAUGGAGGUUGCGGAGAUGAGCCUCCUGGUGGAGAGCCGUGUGCUGCAAGGCAGCAGCUACGGUAUGGCCGCGCUAGGCCGCAAGGACAGCGAGCCAUGCUGCACAGCAUCCCCGCCGGUUUCUACAAACGGGGCCAGGCACCGAUUCGGUGGGUUCCCUCAGCGCACGGUUAGCAACGGCUCCCACGCCACCGUCACGUCACCGGCGGCGGCCGCGGGGGCGGUGACGGCGUCCGCCGGAUCUCCGGCUGGGGCGCCCGCGCCGUCGCUGUCCCUGCCGCAAUCGCCGUACUGCCCGCCAGAUCGGUUAUUGCCGACGGCGCCGUCGGCAUCGGCGUCGGCGCCGCCUCUGCCGCCGCCGCCUUUGCGUCUGCCGCUCCGUAAGUUCUCCAGUCGCAGCUCCAUGCUCAGUCGUACACAGACACAGAUGCAAGGAGCUACGGGCGAUGGCCGAGACGUUCUCAUGCCGGACUCACCGGGCUCGUCCACCUGUGGUGGCGGUGGCGGCGGGGGUGUCAGUGGCGGCGGGGGUGUCAGUGGCGGCGGUGGCCGCCGUCUUUUGGCCCCCGCUGAGCUGGUGGUAUCCGUGCUGUCGCCCUUUACCACGCAGCUCGCAUCUCCAACGGCAUCCGUGACAGCGUCAACCACCAAACGCCACUGCGCAACCACUAACGGUCAUGUCCUGGAGGUCGGUGCCGUCGCCGGAGGCAGCAGUAGCAUCGGCGCCGUCGGGGGGCGCAGCUCGCCAUCGCUGCUUACACCACUGCUCCGUGCGCGAUUAGCUUGCUCUGCGAGUGUGGGAGGUCCUGUUGCGUUGCCACGAGUGCCGCGGAGAUCGGUUUCGGAUUUGUUGGACCUGGACGGCAUGGGCGGCGACGCGCGGGUCCUUGGGCUGCCCCCCCUGGACGUGCUCCUGGCCAGCUGCUUCACAACGAUUAACGACGUUGAGGCUGACCCGAGCCCCUACGCCGCUGAAGAUUUGCGCUUCCUGCGACUGACUCGCGUCAUUGGUGACGGAGGUUGCUCAAUCGUGUUCGCCGGGCGACUGCUGGGCUUGGAGGUCGCGGUGAAAGUUUUGGCUCCGCUGAAUGAUGGCGCACAGGAGGUCUUCCCAGAGGACCUGAUGCGCGGGGCCCGGGAGCUGGCGGUGCUAUCUUCGAUUAGCCAUCCGAACAUAGUGCAAGUGUACUCGUACCACACCAAAGUGGCCCUUGUGCCGGGACGGGGACCCAACGACUUGCCCAAGCUAGUUCCCGUGGGCCCCAAGUCGGCAGAUCAACGGCAACAACAGCAACAGCAGCAACAGCAGCCGCAGUACGCCAAUGUUGGGGGCGCAGGAGGAGCGGGAGGCGGGGGCCCUCUGCAUGUGGCCAUCGUUAUGGAGUGCUGCGACAUGGGCUCGCUGGCCGAUGCGUUGGACUCCGGGCGCUUCAAGGACGCCAUCAUCCGAGCAGCAACCGCCGCACAAUUUGAUGGAGUCAACGUCACCGUCCGCAGCGCCAGCAGUAUUUCCGAACGCGGUCGUGUUCUCCAAUCUGCUGCCGCCUCCACCACAGCUCCCGGAAGAAGUGGUGGUGGUGGUGGUGGUGGUGGUGGGGUCGGUGACCGGCAGCAGCGCGCGGGCAGCAUGACAGCGCAGAGCGGCGGCGGCGGUGUUGCCAUGCGCGCCAUCUACCUCACACUGCUGGAAGUGGCGCUGGCUCUCCGGCACCUGCACGCCCGGAAUCUGGCGCAUUGCGACGUCAAGGCCGCGAAUGUGCUUCUCAAAUCGUCUAACAGCGACCCCCGGGGCUUCACGUGCAAGCUGGGGGACUUUGGCCUGGUCAGCAUUGUACGGAAGGACACCGGCCCGGAUGGUGUGGUGGCACAUGCGAGCUCGACGCAGGAGGGCGCCGUUGGGACGAUCACACACCUUGCGCCCGAGUACAUUUGUCCCGGAACCCGACUGGACUUCAGUGUGGAUAUUUACGCUUUCGGAAUCGUUAUGUGGGAGGUGUUCACAAGUAAACCGCCAUAUCUGGAGUACGCGGCGCGGAACUUCAAGGACCUUCCGCGCCUAGUGGUGUACGAGGGCCUCCGACCCCGCUGGCCGCCCCACGUGCCGCCGGCCUACCGCGCACUCGCACGCAGCUGCUGGGCCGCCAACCCUCACGAUCGGCCGACCUCGGCAGCAGUGGUGGCGGCACUGCAGCGCCUUAUGGAGGCCUGA